GUAUUGGUUGCCCUGCACUCCAACAACCCCGCAUGGUCCAAACAAGGUGGUGAUGACCCCAAGCCACGGUGUUAAGAUCUGGGACAGUGUGGUGGUCCUUUCUAAUAUCUGCAAGAAGCCCAAUGCAUUGAGUUUUUUAGCACUCAAUUUUGAAGUUGAUCAGAUAGAAAUGUCAAGCCCUCUCAAACGCCCCAGGGGUGGUCGGCAGCCUUAUCGGCUCCCACUACUUCUUACCGUUCUUUGCAGUCUCAUUCUCCCAAUACAACUGUGCACAUCCGAAGGUGUAUCUAUUGACAGAUACCGCCAAAGCUACCGCAGAAGGAACUCGAUGUAUUACGAUGACCCAUCCGGGAUUGAAGAAAUUUUCAACGAACCGUUAUACAUCAAGGCCAAUGCAAGCGUGGAAGUCUAUCCACCGAAAAAUAUGGCCGUCAUUGGAGGUGGUAUGGGCGGUGUCUCCGUCGCACAUUCAUUCGGGCCGGAAAACUGUCGUGUCAAUUCUCCACAGGUGACUAUCUUCGAGAAGGAAGGUCGUCUGGGAGGUCGGAUCCACUCCGUCCCCAAGUACGACGAGGACGACUGCGACGUAACCGAGGCGGGAGGAUAUACGUUUGACUGGAGAAUAUACGGGGGAUCCGCAGCAAGGAUAGCGGAAGACGUGGGUGUGCCUAUUCAAAACAUGUAUCCUGGUGAAACGUCCGACGACAUCCUGGUGAGAGUAGGAGCUUGGAACGGUGAGGAAUUGAUCAGAAGCCAGUACGAACAGGCGCCGACCAUGUGGACUUAUCUGAAGAAGCUCCCAAGUCAAGUCGCUAUGUACAUCUGCGAAAAGCGCUGGGGUGACACAGAGGGGUGCGAGGAGGAUUGGGCUUGGGCAGUCCCAAAGCCAACAACUCAAGUGAAUAAGGGAGCAUCGGACGCUAUGCAGGAGUUUGCGGAGUUGUGGGGUAUUGAACUCUGGCCACAUAAGAGAACAUAUCCAUGGAACGGGGGAAAUGCGAGGCUACUGAAGAGAGCAGUGAGGGUGGCUGAAGCGGAGCUAAAUUUGAAUUCCACCGUGACUCGGGUUGUGAGGCAUGCGGAUCUUACAUUCGAUAUUCAUUGGACCAAAAAAUCCCCGGAUGGUCAGACCGAAGCGCACGUCGAUCGGGUCGACUCUGUGGUCAUUGCAGCCCCCUUUCAUCAAUCCGGCAUUACUAUCGAGCCUCCCUUGCCAUUGCCCCCGACGGAAGUUAACUAUACUCCUCUCCAUGUAACGCACUUCAUAACCCGCCAUCGGCUGGAUCCCAAGUCGUUCAAUCUAUCUCAAAACAACGAAAUCCCUGACACGAUCUUGAAUCUGAAUGUUGACCAAGCACAACACGCGGCACGGCUGUCUCCCCUUCCUUCAUUUCUAGCAAUCACUCGAGAGGAUUCAAGCUACGCGGCUGGAUGCACAGUUGACAUGGAAAACCAAUAUAGAAUCAUUUCACUUAACCCAAUCUCCGAUAGCGACAUCGCUAACUUGAUGGACGCUAGCAGACAAGCCCCGGACGAUGUUACAUUCCCUCAUCAAGCGUGUUACCCAAUCAGGAAGGACUGGGUCUUGGACUUAGGAGUGAACCCACCCAAGCCGGACCUUAUGUAUGCAGAAUUUGAGGCCAAGGCGGCAGAAAUCAACUGGCGCGAGCUUGAAGGUGAGGAAAAUGAUGGAUGGUAUUUGAGAAAUAUAGGCUGCGUCAAUAGGCCUACUGUCCGAUGGGUCCAUCGCCGGUAUUGGCCGAAUGGCAUUCCCAUCGUGAAUUAUGAUGUGAAAUGGGAUCGACGCAUGGAGCUGGCUCCGAGGUUAUUCUAUGUCAACGGGUUUGAGGGCUUUGAGGGAGCGUCGAUCUCGCAGAGUGGGAGGGCUGGGCAGAGUGUGAUGUAUGAUUUGUGGUAUGACUAUAUUGACCCAUGAUGGUCAGAGCACACGGUUGUGGAUUUACCAUGAUUUUGCCUACGAUGUCUUAUAAAAUACGCGAAAAGUUGUUUGGAAAUUCGUCUGUUGUUUCGUUGAGUCCAAUCAUAAUAUAGCACGUCCUAUUCGUUGAUAAUUGUUUGAGCUAAGAAGGGAGCGCUCCGAUAGAGGAUAGUGACUCGAUAUGAAGAUGUAUUCUUGUCUAGGGAACUAUCUAAUGAACGGGGCGUUCCCUGGGGCUAUAUAAGUCAUAAUGGAGAGAAAAUGGGCUAGUUGAGGGGCCCGAGGACCCUAGAAUGUACCC